CCCCCCCUCUCUCUCUCUCUACCCAAGCCACAGUAAGCGUGUAUAUUUGAGGAGAUUAUAAAAUUAAGAAAAAAUAGAAUUUGUUAAGUUUGUGUAAACAGACAAACACUUGUGUGUGCUAUCUUCUUCACUCUGACUCGCUUGCUUGCCUGCCAUUCCCAAGUCCAGACCUGCUACAUUACCGCUACCAUACAUACCACUUUGAUUUUUUCAAACUACCUCUCCACCCAUUUCAACCCGCACUUAAUGUUUCAUCUUUAAUUUGAUUAUUUCUUCUUAUUUCUAUCCUGUGUUACAUUUAUUCCAUUCUUAAUUUGCAGGAAGCACCUCUCUCUGUCUCUCUCUCUCUCUCUAACCAAAACACACACAGACAAAUCUGUAUAAAUACGUAUAGAUAUAGAGGUACAUAUUAUGUUGAUCAGAAAUAUGCUGUUUUGAAAUGGGUAGAAGAUUCAUAAUUAAUGGCUCAUGAACCUAGCUAUUCCAUACAUGUGGGCCAUCAAGUCAUUGAUCUCGACGUUUCAAAUGGUGGGCCAUCUCUUGGAUGGAAGAAGUUCUAGGCCUUUGCUGAAAAAGAAGAGAGUUCAUGCAUCAGUACCAUCAUGUACCUUCUCAAUUUAUGUGUCGUCUCUGGGUAUAUGCACUUUUUUUUUCUUUUGCGUAGAAAUAAAAGAUCCAAUUCUUCACCUUGUACACAUUACACAGAGGUGAGAAGUUAAGGGUUUUCUGCUAUACAUAAAGGAUUGUCUACCAACCUAGAAGAAUAUCUUCUGCAAACAGUAGUAACUCCAAUCCUCAGAACCAACCAACCUCCUCCAGUUCAGAUCAGUGCUCAUUAGAGCUUAACACCAUUGGAAGGUGGGUAGGAGUUAUAUCCUCCUGCAUUUCAUCAAUAUUUGCAGGUACAAGGACAUUAGACCCUUUCAUGGGUCUAGUGAACGGAAUGUACUGUACAAGUAUGCUCUAGUUGCAGUAAAACACCCACAGUAUUAGAACGUAAAAUACAAUGAUGUUUAUGAUGAUUAAAACUAUGAUUAGUUCACUUUUUAUGGAAAGAAAGUGGUAGUGCUCCAAAGCUGGACACUGUUACUGCUGUUUGAUCAGACAUUACAGUUUACAGAGCGCAUGAGUAGCAGAAACAACCGAAAGGAGUUGCAGAGCUUUUCCCACUUACUGUUAUUGUUAAUUAAUUAAUAACAAUUUUCAACAUGGUUCUCAGAAUUCUCAUGCUCCCCAUCUACAAUUUUACUCCCAAACCCCAACCAAACUGACAUAAAGGACUCAUCUUUUUGAAACCCAAGACUUCUCCUUAGCCGAAUCAUUCUUACAUUAAUUUUUAUUUUAUUUUUUUAAGCCCCUCUCAUAUUUUACAUGUUCAAGUACUACAACUACUACAAAUAGUAGAUGGGACCAUCUGUCCUUCCUAUAUAAACUUAUCUCUCAGUCUAUAUUACAUUGUUCCUUCAAGGAAACCCGACUUUGAUUUUCUCUCUGUUCAUCUUCCUCUUCUGUUCCUUCUCUGGUGUCUUUGUGUAUAUGUUUUCAUCCUGUUUGAAUUCUUUGAAAAUCUUCGGGACAAGUUGCCAAAACUGACGACGUCAAAGAUGACUGUAUCUUUCCUUAUCACAGUUAUCAUGAUAUACAAUAAAUGACUGUUAAUAUUGCUGGUAACCCGUUUCACAUAAGGUGGUUCAAAGCUGAGUUUCAGUUGAUCAUCAACUUUAUUUCUGUUGUAUUCUAUUUCGUGAAGCUUUAAACGAGGGGUUGUUUUUGGUAGUUAGCUCGCUCUUCACGCUUUCCAACUCGAGUGGUAGCCAGAUCUUCGACAGUUGUAGAAGAAUAGUCUAGUCGAGAUCGAAAACCUUUUCAACCUUGAAUUUCGAUCUGGUGAUGGAUUGUCUGGGUUGGGACGACCCACCGCUAUGGAGCAAUGAACAACAUGAAAUUGGAGAAGGCUCCAUGGCUUCUAAUGCCAAUGGUGGAAUUCUUGGUGGCAAGGUGGAUCUCUACGAGGGUGUACUCUUUGAUCCAAACAUGGAGCUUCGAAGAACGAGGGUGUACGACACCAGUUCAGAUUUCGAAGGAGUAAGCAAAAUGGUCCAGCAGCUAGCUCCAGUCUUGGAUUCCAUAAAUGCAGUAAGGUUAGCUCCCGAUACAGUUCUUGCUAGUUCAGGAACUGGCAGCACGUGGACGGAGGCUCUAACUGCGGAGUUAGGCUCUUCUAAUGUGGUCAGCAGUUCUUACGGCCUCAACCCACUGAAUGAUAUAAUGGCAGAUUUUGGCGUGGUAGAUCGAUUACGAGUUGUCAGUAGUUCUGUUGGAGCCGGCAGGGGCGGAGUUUCUGGCACAGCUGGUUCACUUGAAUCCCUGGACUGCUUACUGUCAGCAACUAACAGCAGUACAGACACAUCGAUGGAAGACGACGGUAUUUCUGUGAUCUUUUCGGAUUGCAAAAAUUUAUGGAAUUUUAACUGUGGUGGUGCUGUUUCAUCGGGAGAAUCCGAGAACAACGGUUCUAAUGGCAGCAACAAAGAGAUGGGCUGCCGGGUAAAUGAGCUUGAUGAAGCAGUCUCACAGGGAUCUUCAAAUCCAUGUGUCAACCAUGCCAAAUCUUCAGAUGCUAGGCCUGACUCUAGUAAGAGAAGCAAGGAUGAACAAGAACUCAACGUGGGACCGAAUAAUCAUUAUUUCAAUCUUCUUCAGUCAGAUUCUUCCACAACCGAGGGCGGUUUUCGGCUCAUCUCGGAGAAUCCACCUAAAUCAAAGAAACCCAGAUUGGAGAAGCAAAGGUCAUCAAACAUCAACUUCCAACAGCCGAAUUCUUCUUCAUCUUCAGCUGUUGAGCCAGAUACCGAGGCCAUAGCACAAAUGAAGGAAAUGAUUUACCGAGCUGCGGCUUUCAGGCCUGUGAAUUUAGGCUUGGAGGUGGUGGAGAAGCCCAAGAGGAAGAAUGUCAGAAUUUCAAGUGAUCCACAAACUAUGGCUGCCAGACAUAGGAGGGAGAGAAUAAGUGAGAGAAUCAGGGUGUUACAAAGGCUGGUUCCUGGGGGAAGCAAGAUGGACACUGCUACUAUGCUUGAUGAGGCUGCAAACUAUCUCAAGUUCCUCAGAUCACAAGUCAAAGCCCUAGAAGCUCUUGGUCACAAGGUCCCAGAUGCUGUAAAUUGCACCUCCACCAAUCUUCCCUUCUGUUCAUCACCAUUGAACCACCCUUUUCCCAUGCAAACAUUUUUCUCACUUCCAAAGCCCUAAAGAUUCCUUCUCCCACACCCAAAUGAGCAAAUAUCGUACAUACUUCAUUCCAAGUAACUAUUAACCAAACUCCGAAGGAGAAGACCUAACCCAAGACCCAAAGGCCCAAAUUGAAACCCUUGUCUUCAUCAAUGUUACAUCUUUCUGUGAUCAAGGGUUUUUGGAAAGGCAUUAGCACACUGCACAACCAGUGAGCAUGAAAAGGUUUAUCAAUUAUCACUGUUGUGAGAAUACCCACUUACCAAGAAGAAAAAAAAAAUAAAAACAAAGGAGAAAAAUAACUUUCUCAUACGAAAAGCUUAACAAUUAUAACACUUAUGAUUAAUAUCAAGGGGUUAGAUGCAGAAAGUUGUAGAAAGUGGUCAUCACUUCUUUUUUUUGUUUUUUUAUGUUCUUUGGGUUCUUGCUUGUACUUAAGCUAACUUUUAAUAUAUUGGAGAUCUUUAUGGGCUUUUUUUAAAUGUUUUAUGUCAUCUACACGAUGCAAGGGAAGUGACAUUCUCUUAUAUUAGGGCCUGUGAGCCCUAGUCAGUCUGUCUCCCUGAUUCAAGCCAAGGCGUGCUCUUGAAAUUCACUCCGACCCCUAGUGUCAAGCACGUGUAACCUAUAUUACUCUGUUUUUGGCAGAUGGGCUUGUCAUUGAUGCAUCAAUUCUACCAUUUCUAAUCUCAGAUAUUUUUAUAGAAGGUGAUGAUAAUGCUGAGGUUGGUCA